AUGGCGACUAGUGACAAACGCCCAAAUAACUCACGCCGCAUUUUCAUCACAGAUAAGGAGACAAAUGUGAGUUUUCUGAUAGACACUGGAUCCGAUGUAUGUGUGUACCCGCGCAGUUUAGUGAGAUGUCCCCGUAAGAAAUGUUCAUUUGAGAUUUCAGCAGCAAAUGGAACACCAAUAGCUACAUACGGUAUGUUAUCUUUAAAGUUAGAUUUUGGACUUAGCAAAAUCUUAUCAUGGAAUUUCGUGAUAGCAGAGGUGUCGCGUCCUAUUAUUGGUGUAGAUUUACUUGCUUAUUUCAAUCUCGCGAUUGAUGUUAAAAAACGUAUAUUAGUUGAAACCUCUGCAGAUUCAACGGAACAACUUCAAUCGAAAAAUAGAAUAAUACCUUCUAUUAAAAUGAUGACAGCCACAUUGUAUUCACAUGAUAAAAUUUUAGAGGAAUAUCCAGACCUAACACGGCAGACUGCAUUAGGAGUGUGCAAACUUGUUUCUCAACAUCAUAUCGAAACUACAUCAGGACCACCCAUAGCACAUAAACCACGUCGCCUUGCACCAGAUAAGUUGCUAAAUAUGAGUUCGAAGCAAUGA